CUUUUUACCAUUUGAUAUUUCUACUGAAUAAGUUCAUGGAUGGCCUAAAAAAUGUCAUUAUCUUCCCAAAACGAUCAAAUAAAACCUUAGACGUUAUCGCUAUUAUUAUUGAAUGACCAGAUGUUUUGUUUAAGCAAGUUUGGGUAAAUCAUUCACUGACGACAGAACCAGGAUGUGUGUGCUCUUCAUUCCAAAAACAAUCCUUAGCCUUUGAGAACACACAUACAUUUUGAAGAGCUGCUCGCAAGCCUAUUUUGUGAUCCUAAAACUUCAUUUGGGGAUUUUCAGUAAGACUCAACAAUGGGUAGGGCGACAACAGGGAUUCUUUGGUUGAUGCUAACUCUGGGAGUCGUCACAGCUCAAAUAGGUAAGGUGGAUCGGACACUGCCCCAGUGGCUGACAGGCAUCAUAGCUGUGGGUGUGUUUCUCUUCCUCAUCUUCGUGGCGUUUCUGGUCAACAAGGCCUGGUGUCAGGACUCAAGGCUGGAGACCAAAGAAUGUGAGUGUGUGGAGACCACUGGCUAUGCCAAGACCAACAGAGACAACUAUAAUACCAGUCUGGAUACAGUCAGGAACGGAGAUGACGAGGGUGCAUAUGAGAACAUGGCCCUUGAAAGUGUGGAGGACAAAGCCACUGCCAUGUGACCGAUAAGAACCCAUACAAGACACCAAUGUGUAUCAGUUUGUCGUGGACACACACACGGGCCUAAAGUGUGAUUCAACGCUUAAUAGACCUGAAAAAUUAAAUUAAAAAGGUAAAUUCUCAUAACAAUGGAAGCAACUGAAAUAUUUGCUAUCAGUGUAUGAAUGAGACGUGGUGGUACAAGGGAAUAAAUUCACUUCGAGAUCAGAGGUAGGACAUGGUGGAAAUGAUUGUGCUCCCCUUGUAUUUAAUAAAACAUCAUCAAACAAUUA